AUGGCAGCCGAAGGACUCAACGAAAGGGGAAACUGUCCGGAGCAACAACGACGACGGACUCGGGAAAAUAACAAAAGAAAAGAAGGGAAUACAUUACCGGCAGAAGGAGAUGCAGCAGCGACAACGAACUCGCCGAUCUUCAUAGCCACCGACGGCGGCAUUAUACGAGGUUUGGCUCCGAGUUUCCAGCUUCUCGCUACGUCUCCGGAUGCUAAGCAUGCUGUGGCGGUACUCAACGGCGAGGCAGAUGGUGACCCUAUCUGA